AUGUAUCACCAAGUUCAAGACCAAGCUAAAACAUACGAAGACACGAAGCCAUCAAACACGCAUAAGAACGUCUACAAAACAAGUCUUGGUCUGUUUCUCCCUCUUCAAAAUGUCGGCAACUGGUACUUACAGUUGCUCUAUUGGAACAUGUCCACUUUCCCUGGCCACUGUUCAAUAUAUACCGUCACUGUUAGGGAACGCUUUCUACCUAUCCAUUUUUGUACUCCUCUUUCUACUGCAAAUUUAUCAAUUAUAUCUAUUUCGGACCUGUUCAUUCUCCAUAGCCAUGUUGGCAGGCUUCAUCUUUGAGAUAGUGGGAUAUAUUGGAAGGGUACAGCUUCAUUUCAACCCAUUCCGAUCAGACGCGUUUCUCACGUGAGCGCUCUACUUAAUUCAGGGCUUUAUCUUUCUAACAAACUUCAGAUACUUUAUCAAUAUCAUGAUUGCCCCAGUAUUUUUUACCGUGGCCAUCUACUUUGUCUUUUCACGCGUCAUGGUGUUUUAUGGAACGCCCCAUUAUCGUUUUUCUCCCAAAGACACCUUCAUCAUAUUCACGACCUCCGACGCCAUAUCCCUUGUUUUGCAAUGCGCAGGUGGUGUAUCUUCAGUAGUUGCUGGUAGAAAGGUGGACAGUAACCAUGGUAUACAUGUUAUGCUUGUUGGGCUAAUCUUUCAAACAUUCAGUCUUCUGAUGUUUAUGGGGCUUGCCGCAGAAUACGGCUGGCAAAUCAGAAGAGAGCGAAGAUGGCGAGUCAAUGGGACACAGAACAUGGGAAGCACCAAAAAGCUGCGAGGGUACGACUUGUAGUUAUUGGUAUGUUUACUACUAUCUUAUGUCAUUUCUCAGGUCUAACUAGUUCUAGGACUUAUGGUAUCCACCAUCAGCAUUUUGACUCGUUCGAGUUUUCGAAUCGUGGAGCUCUGGCGCGGCGUUGUGGGUACACUAGCAAAUCAACAAGUUCCAUUCAUGCUCUUUGAGGGUGGGAUCAUUGUUUUGGCUUCAAUAACGUUGACGAUAUUACAUCCUGGAAUUGCUUUUAGUCCCAGAUGGGGAGAAGUCGGCUGGGGUUGGGGGAAGGCGAAGGAGGAAGGUAAUGGUGUUAUGCCUGUACCACCAGUGAUUGCUCGGUCUACCGAAAACUCGAAACCUCCGCAUAUUGAUAUUGAGGGAUUCGAAGAGGUCGUUUUCGACCGUAGUAUCUGA